AUGGACGCUUACUUUCUUAACCAGUUUGCCAUGGGGGACCUCAUCAAAAGCCUUGAGCAAGUCCAUGGAGACCUCGACAAAUGCAUUAUGCUGAUCGACACUGCUGAUUACCGUUUCAAAAAACGAUUUCUUGGGUGGCAGUUCACCUCUGAAGGAGAUGGAUGUGGUCACACGCUGUUAGGCCCUGACAGUGGGACGUUGACAUCAAGGAAUUAUCCUGGAACCUACCCAAACCAUACCUUGUGUGAGUGGCAAAUCCAAGUGCCUGAAGGAAAGAACAUUUUUGUCAAAUUUGGAGACCUAGAUUUGCAGUGUACCUCUGAUUACCUCAAAAUCUUCAAAAAAACAUCAUCUUCAAUAACUGAAUGUGGUACUUAUUGUGGAAGCCUAAACCUGGACUCCAGAGAAAUCCACAUAGACAGCAAUGAAGUAAGCAUUCAGUUUAAAAGUGGCUCCCAUAUAUCAGGACGUGGAUUCUUACUGUCAUAUGCUACAAGUAGCCAUCCAGAUCUAAUUACCUGUUUGGAUAAAGGAAACCAUUAUGAUGAGCCACAGUUCAGCAAGAAUUGUCCUGCUGGUUGCAAAGCUGUGAUAGGAGAAGUCUCUGGUGAUUUUUCUCAAGGAUAUAGGCAUACGUCACCCCUUUGCAAAGCUGCCAUUCAUGCUGGUGUAAUACUAGACAGACUAGGUGGCAAUAUAGACGUUGUUCAGCAUAAAGGUCUGAGUCGAUAUCCAGGUAUCCUGGCAAAUGGUGUUUUGUCAAAAGAUGGAUCUCUGUCAGAUAAACGGAUUGUGUUUAACACUAAUGGUUGUAAUCAACCAUUGGGAAUGGAAUUGGGACACAUUGCUGAACAUCAGAUCAAUGCCACGUCAUUCUGGCAACGGACAGACGCAAAUGGUCAAACUCUCAGUUGGUCACCAAACAAAGCACGACUUAAUGUUCUAGGACCUAGCUGGGCUGCUGCUGAAGGUGAGAACCAGCAGUGGCUCCAAAUAGAUUUAGGAGACAGGAAAUGCCUCACAGGAAUCAUAACCACAGGUUCCACACUUCCAAGCUUUCACUUUUAUGUAGAAACUUAUAAGGUAUCCUUCAGUAAAGAUGGCCAAAAAUGGAAGAUCUACAAAGACAGCAACAAUAAUGUUGGACAGAUAUUUAAGGGCAAUACUGAUUACUAUCAACUGACCCGCAAUAAUUUCAUCCCUGCCAUCUUUGCACGUUACAUUCGUGUCAUUCCUCAAAGCUGGAAUCAAAGAAUAGCCAUGAAAGUGGAGUUAAUAGGAUGCCAGCAAAUAAGAUCAAUUACAGGUAAUAAACAAAAACCUACUCAUCCUAUUGACAUACAGGACAAAGAAAAUGUGAACAGUACAGAUCGUGUAAUUACAAAAGAUAUAAAUUGUGGAAUAUUACUCAUAGCCAUUGUGGUUCCGUUUGUACUUCUUGUAGUACUUACAAUAUUGGGAAUUUACACUUUCAAGAGUUUAAAAAAAAGGAAGACACAAGAUACUGGCACCUUUGGUCAAAAAACAGCUUGCUGGAAACAAUUCAAACAGUCUUUCAAAAGACCCCAGUCAACUGAGUUUACCAUUAACUACAGCCAUGAAAAGGAGAUCUUGCAGAAACUUGACAUUGUCAGGAGUGACUCAUCAGAUUACCAGCUCUCCGUGAUGUUUGGAACAGUAAGAGUGGCGAGAAAAGGCUCCACCUUUAAACCAAUCGACACAGACGAUAAUGAUGGAACUGGUGGAACAGAUUCAAUGUGCCAUUAUGUCAUCCCACUUAUUGAAAACCAACAUGAAUAUGCAGAACCUUUAACUAAUCAGGAACCAGUAUAUGCAACCCCAAUUGUUGACAAAGUGCAACACCUCAGUUCUUCUACAAGAAAGAAUCAAUGCUCAAAAGAAGCUUCCUAUAAUGUGCCAGUAACAUCUUUAACAAAACCACCUUUGUCUUCUCAAGUGACUGAUUUUCACAUUGAACCCAACAUUCCUAACGGUAAUGGACUACACCCUUGUAGUGUAUUUUAUAAAAUACCACAAGGUGUUACUAAUUAUUCAAAGAAUGGCAAAGCAGAAUAUGAUCAGCCAGCAAGUAACAGCACUCCAAGUGUUGGCAGAUUUUGUGGUAAUUGAAAUUUUCACUAUUGUCAGUGAAACGAAUCUGGCAUCCCUAAAGAAAUCGCUAAAGCUGUGAACUGAUAAUUCAAGACUUUACUUGUCGUUGCAAAACAACAAUAAACUGCAAGCAUAUCACCAAAGUGGAACAUAUGAGUAAGCUGUAGCAGUUUCAUGCCACACCUGGUAUCAGUCUCUCAGAUCCACCAUUGUUAGAAUGAAAUUCUAUUUUCUGUCAAUAUGUAAAUUUAGUAUAUAUUAGUAAAAAAGGAGAUGUUUCAAAAGAGAAACUGUUCGAAGUUGCACCUGUUUAUUAUAUCCCAUGCCUUAAUUGGUAUAAAUAUGCUGCUAAAAAUACAAUGUGCAAUUUGAUUUAUGAGAUGCUGUUAAUGUGGAGAUUGGUUACAUGCUUUUGCUUAUUCAUAGUAAAUUUUUAUAUGUGCAUAUUUUCCAAUUCUCAGCACUGCAAUAUAGGGAUUUUAACUUUUAAGCAAUGGAAAUAGACAGAAAAUUUAAUUCAGUUUUUUGCUGUUAAAGAAUGAACUAUUAUUAUGAGAAACCUUUCCUUAUUGUAUGCAAGUUUUUGUUUCAAUUUAUUAUUGGUAACUGGAAAGAGUUUUUAAUGUUUUUUUCUCAUAUUGUGUAUGCUAAUAUAGUUCAUUGUAAUAGUUUGUUGCUGGCUCAUUCGAUGACCUAUGGAAGUUGGCUGUAAUUUUUUAUUUAAUAGCCAAUAGUUCAAUACCAACCACUGUAUAUAGUAUUCUUACCAUAUUGUAUUGUUCAACUUGACAGGCUUCAUUUUAACUUCCUCAAGAUAACAGCUGUUUCACAAAACAAAUCUAGCCAAUGUGAAAAUUAGUUUUGUUUCAGGUUUAACCUAGUUUAGCCUAACAUUGUUGGACUCUGCCUUUAAAUGGUUAUUCACUAUUGUGAUGUCAUUCUAUAACAGUGCCAAAGGUGCUGGAAAAUGUGGUUAUAAUUAAGUUAGAAAUCACACAACACCAGGUUAUAGUCCAACAUGUUUAAUUGGAAGCACACGAGCUUUCGGAGCGUUGCUCCUUCAUCAGGUGGUAGUGGAGGGCUCAAUCCUAACACACAGAAUUUAUAGCAAAAAGUUACAAUGUGAUGUAACUGAAAUUAUACAUUAAAAAAUUGAUUGUCUGUUAA